CUCUCUCACACAUGUCACACACACGCACAUACAAAAAGAGAGAUCCUCAAGAUGUCUGUUGUAUUAUUUUUUGAUAAAGGUAACAGUAUAUUCAUCAACACAAAGCUUGUAUUGGAAAUCACAAUUACAGAAAAAAGGAAGAGACCUAUUUACAUCUGUCCAAGAUUCUUCUUACAAGGACUCUAACAACUCUAAUAAAGUUUCAGUUUCAUCUACACAAAAUUCUUUUCACCAAAAAUAAAAGGACAAAAUACAGUUGAGCUUAAUUUUCUGUAAAGAACUCCUGUCUUCAAAACACCUAUCAUUUCUUUCCUUCCGGACAUUCCACCAAAUGCAUGCUGGUAUAGCCCUCCACCAUCUCUUCUUCCUUCCCCGGCCACCUACAUUGUUCCAGCACCUCAAAAGAUCACAAGUAGUCCUGGGCAAGUGGGCACAGCCCAAGUUGUAUUCACCAGUGCAAGGAAUAACUGCCACAACUGAGAUGUAAUAACACAACGUAAAAAAAGGUGGCUGUUGUCUUCUUGCUCCGCUUAGCAUAGGAAACAUCUAGAGCUCAAUAGUAGUCGUCUUCUUUGCAGAUUCUCAUGGGUAAGACGGGCCUUCUUGGCUACUAGCCAUGUAAAACAGGAUACAUUAAAAGGAACUUUUACUUUCCAGAUAAGUUUCCAAGGCCAGAAGCAUUGUUGUCCAGGAUUGCAUAGAAGCUUGUAAGCCCCCUUGACUGAGAAACACUUGGUAUUGUUCCCUUUCCAGAUGAUAGAGUCCUCUGCUUCAGAUGUUGCUUUGAAAACCUCCAGAGCAUUGAAAAAUUCAGUCACUCUUACAAUCUCCUAAUCAUUUAGUGCUCUUCUGAAGUUAAGAUUCCAUCCCUGUUGACUCCAAACUUCCUGUAUUGUUGAUUCAAGUUCUACCACCAGACGUUCCAUCCCUCUCUGUUGUAUUAUUAAGCUACCGAGUUAACAUUCUCCAUAAUUUGACGCUUGCCUUAGGUUCAAAGUAACCAAUUGUGGGAAAAAGUGAAUGAAUCUAAAAUAAUGGAUGAGUAUGGCUUGAACAAGGCUGUUUAUGCUCAUGCCAUGCAACGAGCCAUGGAGGCUCUUGGCAAGGUUUUGGAGAGAAGACUGAAUGAUCAAGGAAUUGAAGAGUUGAAAUGUCCAGCUUUGCUGGUCCAACAUUAUACACCAAUUUUCUGUCGCAUCCAGCAGUGGCUUUUUGAGCAUGCUUUGCUAUUGGUUCCAGCUUGUGCAUUGCUGCUGGGAUGCAUUUUCAUGCUGUUAAAACUCCGUCGGAGGUACUACUUGUCAGUUAGAGCUGAACAGAUAUAUAAUGAGGCUUGUGAUGUACUUGAAGAGAAGGCAGUGAAUGCAAGAAGUAUGACGGGCAAGCAUGAACCUUGGGUGGUGGCAUCACUGUUACGGGAUCAUCUUCUUUCACCGAAGGAAAGGAAGGAUCCAAUGUUAUGGAAAAAGGUUGAGCAGUUGGUUCAAGAAGAUUCUCGUCUAGAGAGAUACCCUAAGAUGGUCAAAGGUGAAAGUAAAGUGGUAUGGGAAUGGCAAGUUGAGGGUUCUUUAAGCUCUUCGGGUAAGAGGAAGAAGGCACAGGAAAGCAGGCUAGAGAGAGGUGAACGCGCAAAUCUCUCCCCUCAGCAAAGGAGCUGGCUAUUAAAGUCUGAGGAGCCUGUGAAUUGCUGAGCUCUAUCCUACGCUCUUGUUCGCGUGUUUUAAGUUGUUGUAUAGUAGUACUUUUUAUUGGCAAAAUGCAGUUCCCAGUGUUGUACACUUAGGUCCAUGAUACACGUUUCAGAAUAGCCUUGUAAUCUGAUUAUUUAGUCUGGCCUUAACCAUGUUAGUGUGCAACAGAGACGCAACAAUUUUGGCUCUGAUGGAAUUCAUGUGGGAGCUUCAUAGCCCCUCUCUAAUUGUACUUUCUUUACGUCACAUUUCUGUCUAAUUGUCCCAAAAUGAACCUUGAAUUU